UUUGCAUGUUCUCCCCGUGACCUCUGGGUGCUCUGGUUUCCUCCCGCAGUCCAAAGACGUACAGUUAGGGCUAGUGAGUUGUGGACAUGAUAGGUUGGCACUGGAAGUGUGGCAACAUUUGCAGGGUGCCCAGCUUAAUCCUCGCUGCAAAACAAUAUAUUUCACUGCCUGUUUCAAUGCGUAUGUGAUAAAUAAAUUAAUCUUUAAUCUGUUUCUCUUUCCACAGAUGUUUUCUGUCUUAGUUCCAGCACCUAACUUGUUUUGAUAUUAAUUUGUGAUAUAUGAGCUACAGAGCAAGAUCAGAGGCUCUGGAGGGACCAUGUCACCUGUGUAUUAGUUGGGAUGAAGUGGCACUGCUCUCACCAGGAGAUGGACCAAUUUCGGCUUGUGCUGUUGCUGUCAUUAACGGUGGCCUUUCUCGGCGGACUGAUUUUCGGGUACGAAUUGGGAAUCAUCUCUGGCGCACUGCUGCAGCUCCAGGAACUAUUCAGCCUUAGUUGCUUGCAGCAGGAAGUCCUGGUCAGUGCCCUUCUGUUUGGAGCUCUCUUUGCCUCAUUGGUUGGAGGGGUAGUUAUUGAUCACUAUGGACGGAAAAACUCCAUCAUUCUGAGCGUGGGGUUGGUGUGCGUCGGAAGCAUCAUCCUGUUACUGUCCUCCUCGUUCUCACUGCUUGUGAGUGGCCGGGUAGCCAUUGGAUUUGCCUUAUCCAUUUCCUCCACUGCCUGCUGCAUAUUUGUUUCAGAGAUGGUCUGGCCACAUCAACGAGGGAUGUUGGUGUCACUCUACGAGGUGGGGAUAACUGUUGGCAUCUUGAGUGCCUAUGUACUGAAUUACCUUUGGUUGGAUGUACGAAAUGGAUGGAAGUACAUGUUUGGGUUGGCUAUUGGCCCGGCAGUUCUGCAGGGAACCUGCAUUCUCUUCCUUCCCUCGCGAUUGCAGAAUGUCAAGAGCCAAGCUGACGAUUCCCAAAAAAUUCUGUUGCAGUUCCAGAAUGAGGAACCCAACAGUGCAGAGUCAGAGGAUGUUAGCCCAAUGCAAGUGCCCCGGCGCCAGUACAAAUUCCUCGACUUGUUUCGGGCCAGGGACAACAUGAGGGCACGAUUGCUGGUGGCACUGGGUCUGGUGCUCGCUCAGCAGCUUACAGGACAGCCCAAUGUGCUAUACUAUGCUUCAACAAUUUUUAAGUCAGUGGGAUUUCACCAAAAUAAUUCAGCCAUCCUGGCCUCAGUAGGACUGGGAAUUGUAAAGGUCAUUACAACGUUGGUAGCCAUGGUGUGUGCAGACAAAGCUGGAAGGCGAACGCUGCUCAUCGGCGGUUGCUUGGUAAUGUCCAUUUCAGUCACCGUGAUUGCAUUCACCAGCCAGACUAUUACAAUGGAACUGCAAAAGACCUGCCGAAUCAAGCCUCGGCCCAAUGAGUCACUCUACCUCGUGAACUCCAGCGGAACUCUCUCUGGUCCAAUUAUUUGGAAAUCAAAUCUAACAUUCACCAAUGAGAGAUUACUGAACAUGAGUCAUAAUUUAUCCUUAUCUAUCCAGGACAAGCAACAUUUAACUCUGGACGUGCAGAAAAAUAGCACCCUGGUCAGUGAACAUGCAAUGGACAUACUAAGCACCCCAAGUACUUUGGAUAUAGGUCUCCUUUCAAGGAAAACUAGGAAUCAUGACAUGAAAACUCCCAGGAGAUCUUUCAAAACUUCCAAACAUUUGGUUUUAAAUUGGAUUACACUGCUUAGCAUGAUGACCUUUGUCAGUGCUUAUUCAAUUGGAUUUGGUCCAAUGACUUGGUUGGUUCUGAGUGAGAUAUUCCCCGCUGGAAUAAGAGGCCGAGCAUUUGCAUUCUCCAGUACUUUCAACUGGGCAGCUAACCUAAUUAUCACAGUGACGUUCCUGGAUGUUAUUGAUACCAUUGGACUUUCUGGAACUUUCCUAUUCUACGGAUUGGUUGGAUUUGCUUCUGUUGCUUUUAUAAGCAUUUGUCUUCCCGAGACAAAGGGACAAUCACUGGAAGAAAUUGACAGGCUGUUCUCUGCUAGAAGGUUCUCAGACCCAAGGUGCUGCAAUCUGAGUUCUGGCAGAAGUGGACCAUCAGCAGGCCAAUAUCAUCGAGUUGGCAGUUUGGUCCUUUAGACUUCAGAACUCACAAUAUUUGUUUACAGACUCAAAUGUGGUAACACUAGC